UGUCAUCAACCAUUAAUAUAAGUCUCCACCCUAUCUCCCUCCAUUUUCAACUCAGAAAACAUGGAUGUUAAAGACUUGUUUUCCUCUCUCCUCUUCCUCCUCCCACUCUCCUACUUCCUGUGGACCGCCUACGACCGCCGCCGCUGCCGCAGCUGCUACAUCCUCGACUACGAGUGCUACAAGCCCGGCGACGAGAGGAAGCUCAGCACCAAAUUCUCCGGCGAGGUCAUCCAACGCAACAAACAACUUGGCGUCUACGAGUACAAAUUCCUCCUCAAGACCAUCGUCAGCUCCGGCAUCGGCGAGGAGACCUACGCCCCGCAGAUGGUCUUCGACGGCCGCGAGGCCUCCGCCACGCUGGACGACGGCCUCCUCGAGAUGGACGAGUUCUUCCUCGACAGCAUCGCCGCCCUGCUCAAGCGCACCGCCAUCACCGCCUCCGACAUCGACCUCCUCGUUGUCAACAUCUCCAUGCUCUCCACUGCCCCGUCCCUCUCAGCGCGCAUCAUCAACCUCUACAAGAUGAGGGACGACGUCAAGGUCUACAACCUCACCGGAAUGGGCUGCAGCGCCAGCGUCGUCGCCAUCAACGUCGUCGAGAACGUCUUCAAAACUCGGAAGAACUCAGUAGCCAUGGUGGUCACAUCCGAAUCCCUUAGCCCCAACUGGUACAUGGGCAAAGACCGGUCAAAGAUGCUCGCAAACUGCCUAUUCCGGACGGGCGGCUGCGCUCUCAUCCUAACGAACAAGCCAUCGUUAAAGGAAAAGGCCAUGUUCAAGCUAAAAACCCUCGUCCGGACCCACCACGGAGCCAGCGACGAGGCGUACGGGUGCUGCGAGCAGAAGGAGGACGACCUCGGGUUCGUGGGCGUCCACCUCGGGAAGAAUCUCCCUAAGGCGGCCACGCGGGCGUUCAUCGACAAUUUGAAAGAGAUAGCGCCGAAGAUCCUCCCCAUACGGGAGCUGAUCCGGUUCCUGACGGCGAAGAAUCUCCGGAAGGUGCGGCGGAGAUGGAACAAGGCGGCGGCGGGGAAGGUGGCGACGAUCAACUUCAAGAGCGGGGUGGAUCACUUCUGCCUGCACACGGGUGGGAAGGCGGUGAUCGAUGCGAUAGGGCAGAACUUGGGGCUGAGUGAGUAUGACGUGGAGCCGGCGAGGAUGACGCUGCACCGGUUCGGGAACACGUCGGCGAGUAGCCUAUGGUACGUGCUGGCGUACAUGGAGGCGAAGAAGAGGCUGAAGAAGGGAGACAAGGUGUUUAUGAUAAGUUUUGGGGCAGGGUUCAAGUGCAACAGCUGUGUUUGGGAGGUUGUCAGGGAUUUGAAUGGUGAUAAUGUGUGGAAGAGUUUCAUUGAUUGCUACCCAAAGAAGAAUUUGACCAAUCCCUUCUUUGAUAAAUUUGGAUGGGUUCAGGAUGCGGAUGAUAACUUCAGCAUUCCAGAUGAUUAUCAGAUUCCGGAGUAAUAUGACUACUUUUUGUUUUUUUGUAUUAUUGGUCUCUAGUAUACGUGUGUUUUGUUUUUAUUUUAUUUUUCUGAUCCCUUCCGCUGGAAUUGUUUUUGGAGGGGUGGUUUGAUGGAUGAAGUGGAGGAUACUAACCACUUUUGGAAUUGGAAUUUGUACCCUAUAAUAUAACGCUUAUUUAAAAAUAUUUAUCUCUUUGUCUUC